AUGCAGUACUCCAUCUGCGUUGCCACGGAUUGCGAUGGGGAGAAGGCCAACCUGCGGUUUCUCUUUGACUCUUACGGCCCUUCGGUGGCGCAGCUCCUCAACCGCUCUAUCGUGGCGUUUAACAACUUAUUUCGCCUCCGUUCGGUGCCCCGCACUUUUGCCGUAAGCGCGGCGGUUGUGUUCAACGACGUGCACAGCACAUGGGAUCGCCUUGAGCGGUCAACGCAGCUGCUGCACAACAGCCAGGUGUACCUCUUCCAGCCCGACAUUCUUGAUCUGCCGGCGGAAAUACCCGAGCCGUUCGAGGGCCACCCGCUCUUGGGGGAUGAGGGCAGUUGGCCACAAUGUGAUGCGUCCAACUCGCCGCGCGCCGUGGGGCCCUCGCACUAUGAGCCCCGGCCAGCGCUCACGAUAGAAAGUCCACGGGGUCUGCCAAUGUGGUCCGGCCAUCCGAAGAAGUCGCUGUUGUAUGGCUAUGGCAGUAGAUCCCGUCACGGCAAUCACGAUUAUGACGUGAGGGAGGAUGGCACGAAUGAUAGGUACCGACGAGCGGCGUAUGCAACGCCAAAGCGCGGCGACAACUUGGAUUCCAUAGAAAAGGGCCAAACGUCUCUCUUGAAGCGGACCCUUUGCUACUCUUCGUUAUCGCCCCCGAUCCGAAAGCCGAGGGAACCAAUCUUUCGUAGCUACAUUGACGGUCGGAGGAGCAUCCUGCGUGAGGAGCGAGAGAAAAUUGAGUAUCAAAUGCGGCUUCCCAUUGAUGAGAUGCGACGUCAUUUAAGGGAGGAGACACGACAGCUAGAGCGUAGCAUUAGUCCCAUGCAAAGAAAACUAAUGAAUGGAUCAUCACAGUGCUCCAAUAGUGGGGAGGGGAGAAAUUUGGAUAUGACGAAGACGUAUAAAGCAAAUAGUGAGGGGGGAUAUGUAUAUUGA